UUCUCGUUAAUGCAAAUUGAUUUGAACAAAGUUUUCAUUUGUACGUUUGUAGAAUGACAGAUCAAUAAAUUUGUAUUUGUGACUUGUAUUAUUCAAAUAAUAAAUUAGACAGAUUUUCACUUCUAGUGAUGCGACUCAACAAUAGAUCAACAUCUUAUUUAUUUUCGAGCGGUAGAGGGGGAAACUCAUCUUUUCCAUAUGGCGGCGGACAGCUGAUGGAACAUGCACUUGACGCACUUGACAGUUAACUCAUGAAAGUUACUUGUGUCUCUCGUGAUAAAAUAGUAAGAAAUAGUCAGCAUGGAGGAGCAAGGCAAAUCGACCGUAGUAUUUCAUCCGAUCAUUUCCUCCAUACAAAAGAUUGCCCUGUACGAGACGAAAUCUCGGUUUUAUCUAAUGGGCUCGAACAAUACACUGACGCGUUUCCGAGUGCUGAAGAUUGACAGAAUGGAGCCGAGAGAACUGAUUGUGGUGGACGACAAGAGAGAGUACACUCAGGACGAGAUUAAAGGUCUGGUCAGCAUGAUAGACAUGGGUAAUCGAACGCGAGUUGGACAACGCAGCAAUGCGGGUGGUGUCGCACGCGUUGUGUCUGCCUUUGGAAUUGUUGGUUUCGUGCGUUUUUUGGAAGGAUAUUAUAUAAUUCUGGUUACGAAACGUCGCCGGGUUGCAGUUAUCGGUCAUCACACGAUAUAUAAAAUAGAAGAUACCUCGAUGAUAUACAUACCAAACGAUAUCAUACGAAUUUUUCAUCCCGACGAGCAGAGAUACGUAAAGAUGUUUCAAAGUAUCGAUCUCAGCAGUAACUUUUACUUCAGUUACUCGUAUGACAUGUCGCGCACUUUCCAAAGUAAUAUGGCACCACCGAGGCACAUCAAAUCCGAUAUACCUAUCGAUACGUCCGCUAGUCCGAAGGAAUCCGAGGACUCGGAAGAUUCUGAGGAUUUUUUCAACAUGUGGGCACUCAGGAAAGACUGGAGAGCCGAAUGCGAAGGCGACAAGUAUGUAGAUUACGGUGUACGCAGCAAUCCGCAUCGCCGUUUCGUGUGGAACUCCCACCUUUUAAAACCUGUAGAAAGAGAUCUGCACCCUGACUGGAUACUGUACAUAAUACAUGGAUUUAUUGGUCAAUCGAACGUGAGCAUUUUCGGCAGAUCCAUGUACGUUACCGUUAUUGCUAGAAGAAGUAACAAGUACGCGGGGACACGAUUUCUAAAACGUGGUGCAAAUUUUGACGGAGAUGUCGCGAAUGAAGUAGAAACGGAACAAAUUGUUCAUGACUCUGGCGUGAGCUCUUUGGGUAAAGGACGUUUCAGCUCUUUCGUGCAAAUGCGUGGUUCAGUGCCCGCUCAUUGGAGCCAGGACGUUAGCAAAAUGGUCCCAAAGCCGACUAUAACUUGCGAUUUGUCCGAUCCUUACGUAGAAACUGCAGGAGCUCAUUUUAAUCAACUGUUAAGAAGAUACGGUUCGCCGAUAAUAAUAUUAAAUCUGGUGAAGAAACGAGAAAAGAAAAAGCACGAAAGUACAUUAAGCGAGGAAUUAAGCAUGGCUGUGAAAUAUUUAAAUCAAUUUCUACCACCAGAGCAUCACAUUCAAUAUAUAAGUUUCGAUAUGGCACGAAUGAGCAAACGGAAAGAAGUGAACGUUAUGGGUCGUCUAGCGAACAUCGCUUAUAACGCUGUGCUGAAGACUGGCAUCUACCAGUCGCACAAUUCCUACUACAGUCAGAGAUAUCUGUUCUCACCACAAAGUAAUAAUGCCAAGAAACUUCACAAGACGAAUUCGGCCUCGACUCUGUCGUCUAAUUUGAAUGACAGAAGCUCCGUUAACUCUUCGACUAAGACAGAUUGCAAUGGAUUAACAUCCGGCUUCACAUGUGAUUUCGAUUCAAACGCGGACGCCGGUAGAACGAACGAGAGUCAAAUCGAGAGCAAAGUGAGGGAGUGUUUCACUAGGAGAGGAACCGUGCAAACUGGAAUCAUCAGGACGAACUGCGUCGACUGUUUGGAUCGAACCAACACGGCACAGUUCGCGAUAGGCAAGUGUGCCUUGGGAUUCCAACUGUGCGCGUUGGGCGUACUGGAGUCGCCCAAACUCGAAUUCGAUUCCGACUGUGUGAGAAUGCUGGAGGAACUGUACGAGGAUCACGGGGAUACGCUGGCUUUGCAGUACGGCGGCUCGCAGCUGGUGCAUAGGAUUAAAACGUACAGAAAAACUGCUCCGUGGACGAGCCAGGGUAACGACAUCAUGCAAACUUUGAGCAGAUAUUACAGCAAUACAUUCAGCGAUCAAGAAAAGCAGCAUACGAUUAACUUGUUUUUGGGAUUGUUCAUUCCUGAGGAAGGCAAGCUACCGAUAUGGGAACUUUUGACCGACUAUUAUCUCCAUCAUCCACCCGCCAGCCACUAUUCGCGCAAGAAGAAGCUUCUGACACAGUGGUGGGACACAAAUGUGUCGAAGUGUCUUCCUUACGCGCUCGACGAGGUAACAAAGUCUUGUUCAGAAAUGAUACAGGUGCAAAGCUCGAUGGAGGAAAUGAUCGACGUUUACUACGACUAUCAUAGGCCGUACGAGUUGUCCUUGCUGUCGGAGCUGUACGCGUACAAGAUAAGUCACUCGGUUAGAGAUUUCAUGCCGCACUUCACCACGUGCUACAGCCCGUUCGCCGUUCGCGUGCGACCGGGCAGACGGCGGGAAGGUGCAGGCAGCAAAAACUUAAAUAUGAAAAAUCCAUCGAUGACUGGCCAGAGCAGCACGAGCAGUACGACAUCAAGUGCGAGCUCAAGCGAGGACUCGAGCUCGGAUGAGGACGAGAGCCAUCAACAAAUGGACGAUUCCCAGCUAAUCACGUCUAAAGAUAGCUCGGAGUUGAUGUCGUUUGAAUCAUUAUUCCCAUCUAUGAAGCAAGUGUACGGUACUCAACCGGAAUAUCCGAAACGGAACGACAUUAUUGUGUAUAAAAGAUUUGUUUUGAUAGGACGUAAUGCAACGUAUCCUAUGGAUCACUCCAAAUUGCGCUCAAAACUCAUCCAACAAGCGUCUUUUCCCGAAUCUGCAGCUUCUAUUAUUACAUUACCCACUGUUAAGGACGCAAGCAUAAGCAUAUACGAACAAUACGUGAAGAGAGCCACGGCGGGUGGUUCAGUACCAAAUCCUAAUGAUAUGAAUUUAUACGAAACUUACGCCAGUCAACAUAAAUUGCUCAUGGAACGUGUAUGUUCCGGUUAGCAUCAAAGUAAUUCCACGUUUUAUAAACUGAAUUUCUAUACACUCGGAUAUCGGAAACAAGAGAUGAUAUUGAUAUAUUAAUUUAAUAAAUUAUUACUAAUAUAACGUUAACUUGCGGUUUUUCCUGCCGUUUAUGUUUUACACGUGAAGGAUUAUGGAUGUAAAUAUCUAUUUUAUUAAUUUAUAAGAAAUAAAGGAUGAAGUAGCAAA